AUGGACGGACUCCUCCUCAACACCGAGGACAUGUACACUCUCUGCGCCAACCACGUCCUCCUUACCCACAACCGGCCCUUACUGCCCUGGUCCAUCAAAGCGCGCCUCAUGGGGGUCCCCGGCGGUUCCACCAGUUCCAUCUUCAUGGACUGGGCGCAGCUUCCCAUUUCCAAAGAACAAUAUGCGCUUGAACAGCGCGAACAGCAACGCAUCCAUUUCCCCACUUGUAAACCAUUGCCUGGCGUUGAGAAAUUACUGCAGGAUUUGAGCACAGCACGUGAUGUGCGGGGGAAUGAGGUGCAGAUGGCGUUGGCGACGAGUAGUGAAAGGUAUAAUUUUGAGCUGAAAACGAGGGGGGAGGAGGCGAAGAGGUUGUUAGAAGUAUUUUCUGAGGGGAGGAGAGUGUUGGGUGAUGAUGCGAGGGUGAAAAAAGGGAGGGGGAAACCUGCUCCGGAUAUUUAUUUGUUGGCGUUGAGGUUGGUGAAUGAGAGUUUGGGGGAGGAUGAGAAACCAAUAACGCCAGAAGAAUGUCUAGUGUUUGAGGACUCAGUGCCAGGGGUAGAGGCUGGCAGAAGAGCGGGUAUGAAGGUAGUUUGGGUUCCUCAUGAGGGAUUAGCGGCCGAGUAUCAAGGGCGGGAGAAAGAGAUAUUGGCUGGGAAGAUGGGGAUGAUGGUUGGGGAUGAAGAACAGUUGGGGGAGAUUGAUGAUGGGUGGGGACAAUUUUUGCCGAGUUUAGAAGAUUUCCCUUAUGAAACUUAUGGGAUUGUUGUUUCAUAG